AUGUCCAAACAUUCCAGCAACGGUUCUCGGCCAGUCUCAAUAAUCGAUAUGGAAAAAGCACCAGAUGACAAGGUUCAGCCACCCAAGCCAUCUUUCCCUGAAGGGGGAACACAAGCAUGGCUUGCAGUACUGGCUUGCUGGUGCAUCAUGUUCAACACAUUCGGAUACAUCAAUGCUUUCGGAAUUUACGAGUCAUACUACAAAGCCACACUCCUCAACGACCAGAGUGAAUCAAAUAUCGCUUGGAUUGGAUCAAUCCAGGUAUUCUUCAUGUUCUCCGCCGGACUGAUCUCAGGUCCAAUGAUGGAUCGCUACGGACCAAGGGUUAUUCUCAUCCCAUGCUCCCUGCUAUUCAUUGCAUCUGUCAUGCUCACAAGCCUCUGCACAACAUAUUACCAGUUCAUUCUCGCACAAGGCGUCCUCGGCGGCGUCACAAACGGCUUAACAUACACCCCUGCCUUAACAUCAGUCAACCAAUACUUUUUCCAAAAGCGACCCCUCGCAAUGGGAAUUGCCUCCAGUGGUUCGUCUCUCGCCGGCGUGAUCUUUCCAAUUGCUCUGAACCGCAUGCUCAACAAAUCGACUCUGGGGUUCGGGUGGUCUGUUCGUGUCCUUGGGUUCCUGAUGCUGGCACUUAGUAUCAUUUCCUGCGCAGUUAUUUCUUCAAAUGCACCGAAGCGCAAGGGCAGUGCUCCGUUCCUCCUGGCUGCGUGGAAACACCCGGCAUACUAUCUGCAGAUCGCGGGACUGUUCCUUGUCUUUUGGGCAAUGUUUGUUCCUUUCUUUUAUAUUCCUGGUUAUGCGGAGUCUGUGAGAAUUAGUGUUGACAUGUCCUUUUACUUGAUUGCAAUUCUCAACGCCGGGUCUUUGUUUGGGAGAUUGCUCGGUGGCGCGUUGGCGAACCGUGUCGGGCGAUUCAAUACCUUGACUGGGGCAUCGGUAGUUUGUGGGAUCCUUAUCUUUUGCUGGUUGAGGAUUACAUCUCUUGGAGGAAUGAUUGCUUUCUCUCUAUUGUUUGGAUUCUUUUCUGGGACUGUUAUUGGCCUUUUCCCUGCCACGAUUGCCAUGACGGCGGGCAAGCCCAAUGAGAUCGGUUCUUACAUGGGAAUGGCGUUGGGAGUGUUGAGCUUCUCCGGUCUGACCGGAACGCCAAUCACUGGCGCUAUGAUCAGCACUUAUGGUUCGUAUCACCCUGCCAUACUUUUCGCAGGAGUGGUGUGUCUACUUGGUGCGGCCAUUGUUCUUGGGGCCCGCGUUUGCCUUGCGGGUGGGAAGAUCGUCGCAUAA